CCGCGGUUGCAAGAAAUGUUUAUAUAUCGAAACAAGCUGUAACUAUAGUAACCGUUAUUGUAUCACACUUGGAAGCUAUGAAAAGUAAAUACAUAGUCUACAGAACAAGUUUUUCGAAGUUAUUUUAGUAGAAUUCUUUCAAGAUCAAAAAAGUGUCCAGUCUUGUGGUAACGUGGUUAUGGAAGAAGAGGAAGAAAAAGUUGUUGUGGAAAAUGAUGCAGAAAUCAAUAUGAAACAUCCGGCACUAUCAGGGAUACCGCGACCCUUGUCCCACUCUGUGACCCGCCCUCCCUCCCGACCUGCCCCCUCUGCUCGUGUGAGGGCACUGGGAAAGGAAGACCUUGAUGAUGUCGACCAGAACACUGAAGAGGAGGAUGAAGAUGAAGAAGAAGAGGAAGAUGAUGAGGAUGAUCAAGGGAUUCAGGUUGAGGGAGCUUACGACCCUGCCGAUUUCGAGCACCUCCAAGUUUCCAGUGAGAUGAAGGAAAUUUUCCAAUUCAUAACUAGAUACACCCCUCAAAAUAUAGAUCUUGAUACUAAGCUGAGACCGUUCAUUCCUGAGUUUAUACCUGCUGUUGGUGACAUUGAUGCUUUUAUUAAGGUUCCUAGGCCUGAUGGAGUUCCUGACAAGCUUGGACUCACCGCAUUGGAUGAGCCUUGUGCCAAGCAGUCUGAUCCGACCGUUCUUGACUUGCAGCUGAGGGCCAUUUCAAAAGAAACUACUUCCAAAUCUGUGGCUGUGAAAUGCUUGGAAAACGCUGAUAAGCGCCCCAAAGAAAUUGAUGCCUGGAUUGACAGCAUAUCCAAUCUGCACAGAUCUAAACCUCCACCUACAGUUCAUUACUCCAGAAAUAUGCCCGACAUUGAUACAUUGAUGCAAGAGUGGCCUCCAGAGUUUGAAGAAACUUUAAAUCAAGUUGGCUUGCCAUCUGCUGAUUUGGAUUGCUCUCUCGAGGAAUAUGUGGAUUUGAUUUGUGGUAUAAUGGAUAUCCCAGUUCACCGUUCAAAAAUCCAGUCCCUUCAUGUUCUAUUUACACUCUUUUUGGAGUUCCGAAAUUCACAGCACUUCCGGUCUCUGGCGAUGAACAACGAACUAGACAAUGCCAUGAAAAAUGAAAUCCACAUCAAUGGCACAGACCAACUCAUCUUAAGGGAUUGAAUUUCGGUCAUCUCUUUCUGCCUACAACUCAGCGCUACUCAGGUGGUAUGAUACAGUUCAGUGUUAAUGAUCGUGUAAUUGAGAUUUACAAAAAUAAAUGAGGUUUCCUAGUCAUUUAAAAUUCUUUUUAGU